CCUUUCCCCUCUCGGCCUUCUUCUGGGGAGACCAAGGCGGCGGGGGUCCACCUUCUUUCUCCCUGAGUCCAAAGCUGUUUGCGGUGCUCUGACAUUGGCCCAAGCGUUGCCUCCCGCUUUUGCCCGACGGGGCGAGGCCGGCGUCUCCCUCUCUCCAAUGCCUGCCCCCUUCUCUCCGCGGGGCAGGGGGAGCGGCGCUGUCCGUCCCCCGAAAGCCCACCCGCCGCCCGUCGGGGAUAAAUAGGAGGGACGGGAUGAUAUGCAGCCCAGGAAAGGGGGACUCGGCGGCGGCGGCGGCGGCGGCUCCUUUCCUCCCGGCUGGGCUGAGCGGGGCUGAGGGGGACCAAGGGACGGAGACCCCCGACAGAAGGGAGCUUGGACGGCUCUGGCCCCGAAGCCCGCUUUUUCUUUCUUUCCCUCUUUCCUCCUUCGGGGUGGUGUCUUUCUCUCUCUCCCUCACUUCCUCUGCCUCCCCCGCCGCCCCUCGGAUGGACGUGCUGGGCCCCAUGGAGAUCCCCGAGGGCUCCCUCUGCUCCUUCUCGGCGGCCGACGACUUCUACGACGACCCUUGCUUCAACACCUCGGACAUGCACUUCUUCGAGGACCUGGACCCGAGGCUGGUGCACGUCGGGGCCCUGCUGAAGCCCGAGGAGCAGGCCGGCGGGGGCCCCCAUCACCACCACCCGCACCCCCCGGGGCACGAGGACGAGGAGCACGUCCGGGCGCCCAGCGGGCACCACCAGGCCGGGCGCUGCCUGCUCUGGGCCUGCAAGGCCUGCAAGCGCAAGACCACCAACGCCGACCGUCGGAAGGCGGCCACCAUGCGGGAGCGGCGGCGCCUGAGCAAAGUCAACGAGGCCUUCGAGACCCUCAAGCGCUGCACCUCCACCAACCCCAACCAGCGCCUGCCCAAAGUGGAGAUCCUCCGCAACGCCAUCCGCUACAUCGAGAGCCUCCAGGCCCUGCUCCGCGAGCAGGAGGACAGCUACUACCCGGGCCUCGUCGAGCACUACUCCGGCGACUCCGACGCCUCCAGCCCCCGCUCCAACUGCUCCGACGGCAUGGUGAGUGUGCCAGCCCUGCCUCCUGCUCCCCAGGAGCCUCUUCUGCCCAGGAGACAACGGAGCUCCCCAACUGGCUGCCAUUUGGAGCCUCGCUUUUGUUUGAGCCUUCUGUCAGAAGGAAUCCCAAAGCCUCCUCCAUUUUGAGUCUCACUAAGAGCUCUUUUUCCAGGACCUGUCCUCCAUUUCACCUGUCCAGGAGGGAGCCCAAGACAUCCUCCCUUUAAGAAGUCUGCCUUGGCAUUCCUAGGCAUGCUUUUAGCUUUAACUGGGCCAGGUCCUCCUUGCAUUCCCUCUGGAAGGAAAGGGUUUCUCUUUCUCUCGCUCUUUCUCAGCCAUCACUGAGGGUGCUAAAGGUCCCCCAACAAGAGACCAAGUGGGUUUAGAGUGGCUUUUGUGUGCCUUUAAGUCAUUUUUUCUAACUUAUGGAGAACCCUAUGGAGAAUUUAUGGAGAACCAACUUAUGGAGAAUCCUAUCAUACGGUUUUCUUGGCAUUUUUUUUUUUCAGAAGGGGUUUGCCAUUGCCAUCCUCUGAGGUGGAGAGAGUGUGACUUUUCCAUGGCCAAGCUGGGAUUCAAAACCUGGCCUCCAGAGUCAUAGUCCAGUGCUCAGACUUGGUGUCAAAUCUCCACUUGAAGCUCAUUCAGUAACCUUGGGCCCAGCCAUUUUCAUUCAGCCUAAGCAGGCUUGUGAGGAUCAAAAUUAGGUAGUUCAGUCCACCUAAUGAGCCAGCAUGGUAUGGUGGUUUGAGCAUUGGGUUAUGAUU